GUAGACUUACAUGAAAUAUAUUGAAAAGCAGAUAUUCAAUGUGAUUAAUAUUCCCCCGAGUUUUGCCGAUUGAGUUUUCCCAUAAUGCAGUAGAGACCUAAUAACAUCCGGUGGUGUGGGCAGAGUUUCAAAAUGAGACUUGAAAUUAUGUUUGUCCAAUAGUAGAUGAUACCAAGAUUGAGAGGAAUCAAAGUAUUUGGCCUCAGGUCAUCCAAACCCAAGGCGUCUGAAGUGCUAACAGCCCACCUCGUGCAGAGGCAGCUCCCACACUGGACUUCCUUCUGUGUUCCCUACCGCAAAGUGAUAAAUGAUCAGUUUGGAUUAUCACAUUUCAACUGGGCUGUUCAAGGUGCUAAUUACCACAUUCUGAGGACUGGCUGUUUCCCUUUCAUCAAGUACCACUGUACAAAGAGGCCGUACGCAGAUCUCAGGCUAGAGAAUACUUGCUUCACUUUUCUUAAAGUGAUCAACUUAGGGGUUCCGACUCUUGCCUAUGGCCUUGCUUCCUGGAUGCUGAUAAGCCACCAUGAAGAUGUUCACACUGCCAAAGGAGAUGUGAGAAUCUACUUCCUGAACAAGGAAGAGAAAGAUGCAAUGUACUGACUAGUCAUUUAACCAGAAAGCAAACAACCCCUAGUCACCUUUUAAGGAUUUUGUUGAAUGUUCUGGUCACUUAGAGAGAAAUAUUUGCAAAGCCUGAAUAGACAGUUGACUGUCUUUUAUAACUCUAUUUUUUUUAUCUCAGGGAGUUUUUUUAAUAGUAGUUAAUUGGGCAUUGUUGGGUGUUAUUUGGAGAUUAUCAGUAUACUCACGUCAUGGCAGCACAACUGUAUGAAUUGUCCACCUUAAUGGCACUGGUUGUUUUAGGACUGCUUGCACUUAUUAUAGUUGUGACACUUUAUCUUCUUGUGAAGGGCUUCAGUUACGUGUUCAGCAAAAUAACAGAAUUGUUUAGCCCAGGGCCAGGUGAAAGGACUGAAAAGAUUAGAGACAGUUAUGGAAAUGUGUCCACUUUGAAUGAAUCAUUAAAAGAAGAAUAGUGAUGUUGCUAGCGUAAUGGUAGUUUAACUCUCCCUUUUCAAGGGGGUGGGUAUUUUUGGAUUUGAAGCAGAUAUUGCUUUAGGCCCUAUUCAGAAUAGGAGACUAACUAGUCUGAGGGUUAAAUAUGGCAGCCCACUUCACUUGCUGUCUAAUCCAUUAAUAGACACUGAAUAGAUAUCCUGUGGGGAAGUAUUCAAGUGGGUCAGCCAUAUUUAACCCUCGGACUAGUUAGUCCCCUAUUCUGAAUGGGGCCUUAGUUGAUUUGUUGUGCAAUUAACUAUAGAACCAGUGUAGAUUAAAAUUAACUGAAAUUAUAUUAGUUGUACAUUUUAUGUUAUGUGUUUUAUGUGACAAGUUCCUCCUGUAAGUUUUUAAGUAGUAAAAUAAUUCAAUAAAUGUGCCUUUGUAUUCUUAUGCAAUUGAAUUAAGGAAAUGGUUAAUAUGUGAAAUUCUUAUCAUCUUCCACAGGAUACUCUGACACCGUUAUGUAUAACUUACAUUUAUAUUACAGCUGGUAUUAAAAUAAAACUGGUUAUAUGAAAUCGGUCUUUUGCAGCAUUUUAGAAACAUUCUCAUAUAUGCAUAUAGCUAAAUAAAAAAAAUGAGAAAUAUUUUGUAUGGCAAAAAAAUCUUGCCUUGAUAUUUUUAUUUGCUUUAUUAUCAUUAUUAUUAUUUAAUUUAUUUAUUGUAAAAAAUUACAUUUAUUUGGUUUUGCACAGGUAAUGAUAUCUACCACUUACUACUGUUGACAUAUACUCUCUACCAGUGCAGCAGAUUAUGUUAUUAUGAGCAUUUUUCUGCAGAUUGAAAGUCGAGUCAUGAAAUAGAUGGAGAUCUUUUGGUAAAUAUCUGGUGAAAGAUCAAUUUGACCUUGGUAGAGGGUGGCACAUAGGUGGUGACAGUUUAUAUUAAUUCAUGUUCAAUGCCCUCAUUUGUGAAGCAUGUUGCAUGGUAAAUAAAAUGAGUUUCUUAGUUAAA